AUGCCUCGCGGUCGGAAGAGUAAGCUUCGCGCGCGGGAGAGGCGCCAACGCGCCCGCGCCGAGGCCCGAGCCCGGGGCGCCCAGGCCGCCGCGGGGGCCGAGGGGGCGGCCGCGGGCUCCCUGUCCGUGCCGGGGGGCGCGCCCCAGGCGUCCCCGGGGGUCCCGACCGGCGCCAGGGCCGGGCGAGCCAGAGGCCAGGCCCCGAAGAGCAAGACGUACCCGUGGGCCGGGGCGGCGGCCGAGAGCGCGGGGCAGGACCUGCUGACGCAGAAGGCCACGGUGCUGGUGGAGUACCUGCUGUACCAGUACAAGAUGAAGGAGCCCAUCCGCCGCGGCGACAUGCUCAAGAUCGUGCACAAGCGCUACCGCAAGGACUUCCCCGACAUCCUGGCGCGCGCGCAGGAGCGCAUGCAGCUCUUCUUCGGCCUGGAGCUGAAGGAGGUGAAGCCGCACGGCAACUCCUACCUGCUGGUGGACAAGCAGGACGACCCGGGCGACGGCAGCCCGCGCGGCGGCUGGCGCUUCCCCAAGAAGGGCAUCCUGAUGCCGCUGCUGAGCGUCAUCUUCCUGAACGGCAACUGCGCCUCGGAGGAGGAGAUCUGGGCCUUCCUCAACACCAUGGGCAUCUACGACGGCAAGAGCGACUUCAUCUUCGGGGAGCCCCGCAAGCUCAUCACGCAGGACCUGGUGCAGGAGAAGUACCUGGUGUACCGGCAGGUGCCGCGCAGCGAGCCGCCGCGCUUCGAGUUCCUGUGGGGCCCGCGCGCCCAGGCGGAGACCAGCAAGAUGAAGGUGCUGGAGUUCCUGGCCAAGCUCAACGACACCGUCCCGGCCGCCUUCGCACCCCACUACGAAGAGGCCCUGAAGGAGGAGGAGGAGCGAGGCCGCGGCCCCGCCCGAGCCCGGGCCGCGCUCUCGGCGGCGGGCACCCCUUGCAAGGCCGGCGGGCGCCAGGGGGCCACACCCGGCCGGUACCCGCACCCCGAGUGACAGGCGUGGCGGAGGCGGGCGCUUUUCCCACGGAAAGGCCUGUUACACUGUUCGCUGAUUGGCAGCGUCUCUUGUUAGCGUUAAAGAAAGAAAGAUAGCGUCACCCAAGUAGGACUUUAGCUCCCUUCCCUCCAAGUGACAGACACACUAGAGAUGGAGAUUUCAGCAUCUGCGUUGUUUAUCUUCCUGUGUUAAAAUAUUUUAAUUUGGUUUUCAUCAUCUUUGUUAAAGGUAACCUAUAGACAAAAAUAAAGUCUAACUGCCUGUUUAA